AUGGUAAAAAUGGCGAGUACAGCCGGAGAGCUGAAAUCUCGUGCUGAUUUAUCAGUCUACUUCAAGGAUUCUGGGGGAGGCAAAAAUCCGAUAGCAAGGAAAAGAAAUAGUAGGAAGAACCAAAAGAAACUCUGGAUCUCGACAUAUAAUAUACAAACCAUGAGAUUGGAUGAGCACCUCGAGGAACUGGAACAUGAAUUGCAACUCAUAAAGUGGAGCGUCUUAGGGAUUUGCGAGACACGUCUGAUGGGUGAGGUUGGGACAGUGCUCAAAUCGGGACAUAUGCUAUAUCAGAAUAACUCUAUCAACAAUACACAUAAUGGAGGAGUGGCGAUCAUGGUUCACAAAAACUUAAAACACCUUGUCACUAAAACAAGGGCCACUUCAGAAAGAGUCAUUUACAUCGUGAUGAAGUUAAAUCAGAGAUACACCAUCCAGGUGAUACAGGUCUAUGCGCCGACCACCACAGCGGAAGAUAAGGAAAUAGAGCACCUAUACGAGGAUGUGAGUACAGCAAGAAGAGCGGAAAAGGCAAAAUUUACGGUGGUCAUGGAAGACUUUAAUGCUAAGAUGGGCCCAAGGACAACGGAGGAUCUUCAAAUUAUAGGACCAUACGGUUUGGGGGUCAGAAAUAGCAGAGACCAAAUGUUGUUGGAUUAUCUCGGCAGCGAAAACUUAUUCUGCAUGAACACUUUCUUCAAAAAAUCACCUCAAAGGAAAUGGACUUGGAAAAGCCCAAACAACUUGACAAAAAACGAGAUCGAUUACAUCCUCACAAAUACCAAGGAGAUAUGCACAGAUGUUUCAGUCUUGAAUAAAUUUUACAUUGGAAGUGACCAUUAUCUGGUAAGGGCCACGAUCCUAAUCAACAUCAAACGGGAAAGGCAUAAGCUGAUGAAGACAAAAACCUUCAGACCCAUAUUAAAAGAAUUGGAAUUAAAACAGCUAGAAUACCAGGAAACACUUCAAACAAAAUUACAGCCACAAGAUCUAGCAGGAAUGAACAUCAACAAACUGUCGGAGAGGAUCACCAGAAGUAUUCAAAUAGCCACAAAAAAAUUAGUGCACAAAUAA